AGAAACAGAGAGCACCCGUCGAGGAGAGGACGUCCACGGACCUGCACAGUUUUGGUGUCGCGUUUUUUGUUGUUUCGCACGGUACGACGGUGCCGGAAAAGUGUUCCGCGUGACACGCCGGAACCUGCGCUAGCCUCCGCGGACGUGCGUUCGCGUCACGGUGCCCGUUCCGAGCCAACAUUUUGCGGUUCCAAUCGGACGGGGAAGGGACGGAGAAAAAUCCUUCCCCGCGCGAGACACCCUCUUCGAGUUGUGAUUGUGGUGGUGGUUUUCCAAAAAAAAAAAACACUCCUUCACCAAUACGAGUACACACGGUGGAGAGUGAGGUGUUGCGAUCAAAGCAAGCGGCAACGCAACGCAACGCGACGCGCGUGUAGUGGUGACAGAUGCCAAAGCAGCAUGAGACAGUGCUGCCAGCUGGGCUGCUGAUCGUUGAACGAGUCGACGCCCGUGUCAAGCGUGAGCCUGUAUUGGUGCGGCAUCCCAGCAGGCCGUGGUGUACGUGCCGGACUGCCGUUUUCUCCACUGCUCUGCUUAUGUUGGCAAUAUUGUGUUUUCAUCGAGUAUAGAUGUGAAUCUGUCGAGUGUUAGAAUACAUACACAGACGGGAGACGACAGCAGGGAGAAAAGUUGCGAGAUACACGGAUCAACGGAUCGAGCCCCUCGGAAGCACGGACGCAACGGGUUCCCGGCAGGGAUGCUUCGAGGACACCGCGAUUGAUGCCACAAACUUGAAGGAACGCUGAAGGAAGACUGUCAAGAAACAUCACCGCGACACAGAUUAGGAGGAGCGGUCAGCGGUGGCAGAAGUGUAGAAGAGAGUGUUAAUAACCUCUGGAUCUGUGCAGCACACAAGAGGGUUCAGAAGAAGUGGUGAGCGAAGCAAGCGGUGAGAGAACCGCGACGACGACGACAGCAAGAGUGAUCGUGGAAUCGUCAUUGAAGGAAAAACGCAAGAUGUGAAUGGUCGUGCGCGUUCGGUCUGUCAAAGUCAUCUGUCAAAAAAAGGGAACACACAGUGGUGUAGUGAUCAAACGUUGCGUCGGGAACAGCAAAAAGGUUCGAUUGGUUCGAAGAACCAACAGAAUCGACCACAGUGUGGAAUCGCGGUGACGGUCAGUCAGUCAAGUCUCUGUGUACAAACACACGACCCUUCAAGCGCUGGCUCGGGAGAGCAGUGGUAGUGGUGGUGACGGCGUGUGUGAAGUUUUGCAUGAAGCCGAGCGGCGCUGUAUUGGUGCAGUCGGGGCCAGAAACGCGUUUGGCGCCGCGCUAGUGUGCGUGCGACGGUGUAUCGAGCCGUGGUGUUCUGCUACACGCAGCAGUGUAUCGCCGUCUUCGUCUUCGCAGUAGCAAAAAAAAAAGAACUCUGUGUACAUUCGGAUGGGAAAAAUCAUGUUUUUCUAAACUAUUUCGGGUGAAUCGGACCGCUCCGGAACCGUCUCCAAGACCCUCGGAACAGGAAACGGCAAACGCGCGCGUUGCCGAAACGUCGACCAAUUGUGCAAGUGGAUAUCCAGCAGCUAUCCCGCAGGAUUGUGUGUUGGUGCGCUGCAAAACUCGGGAAGGCCACAAGGCAGUGAGGAAUCUCCAUUUGGUGGAAGAUCCGUGAAGAAACCAUCGCCAAGAAGGUGGAGGCAACGGCGUACACAGACCAAAGGGGAAACGGCUAGCCGCCGUGUACACGGCAGAGUGGAUGGUAGAAAGUCGUGUGUACUUUUUAUUUCCCUUUGGUCACCACCACCGUCUUCUUCGUCGUCGACUUCUUGUGGCCGCCGUGGUGAAGACAGUUCGUAGAACUCACGCACGGCGGUGAAGAGGCGGUGUGCGGAAGAAGAAGCAGAGGAAAACGUCAACGCCAGCAGAGUGUGUGGUGUAGUAGGCGCUGGAAGUGUUCGGUCAGCACGCAGAAAAGUUUUUCGGAAGUACACGAUUAAAACCUGGGAAGAGGAUCUCCCCGCAAUCGCGGUGUGUGUCGUCCAGGAGGAAGAGUCCGCGCGCGUACGGGUGUGUGAGUGUGGAGGUGCGUGCAGAGGAGCGUUGUGUGCGUGCGGAGAAUCGCAAAAUCGCUGGAAAAACAAGGAAGAACCCACCCGCGAAUCGCCGAGGUGGCCAGAUAAUCAAUCAAACCGAGAUAUCCGAGGUUCGGUGGAAAAGCGUGCCAAGUGAAGUGAAGUCCUACUCCUCCACCUCCUCCUCCGUUCUGGGGUCGUGAAGUUGCGAUUUCAUCGCGGUGUGUGUGCCGUAGUGUGCGUGUGUACGUCCGUCUCCAUCCAUUGUUAUCUGGAAAUCGAUUGACGAGAACGACGUCGCGCUUGUCAACUGUUCAUCCUUCGAUACAACACACAGCGGAAAAAAAGUGAGCGAAGAAAAAAAAGGAAGAAGCAAAAAUAAUGAAAUAAUUCAUUUUGAUGGUUCUAUGAAAAUAGUCACCUUGAAGGUAUUAAGGCAACCGUGAGCUUCUGGUUCCGAAGAAGAAGUUUUGCACAAGCAGUGCCCCAGCUCCAGCGUGAGUUUGUGUGUCCGUCAGUCAGUGUAUCAGAGUGUGUGUGUGUUUAUCAGAGAGAGGCAAAUGUGUAUGAAGCAACAACAACAACAACAACAGCAAAGGCAAGUGGUCCCCCGUAGUCAAUAAUGUGUCCCGGGUGUCGCGGGGUCAAGCCAUGGAAAUAGAUGUGAAGCAGAGUAAGCAACGCAACAAACGACGGGAACGGGCCCAACGUAUGAUAGCGGAGCGGGAUAAGGAUGCGGCGGCCGUCGAUGGUGCUGCGGGCGGUGUCGGGGGCCCGACCCCGCUGCUGUCGGUGUCCGCGACCGGUGGUGGGGUCGGUGGAACCGGAGGAGGCACCGGCGGCCUGUCCAGUCCGACCGACGACAGCGCCGACGAGGACAUGCCGGUGUGCCGGGAAAAGCCGCCGCGGCCGCAGCACGUGCGCCGCAAGCGCAAGGAGAAGGACAUGUCGCCGGUCCUCGAGGAGGACAUCGUCGACGGGUUCGCGAUUCUCGCGUUCAAAACGUACGAGGAUCUAGAGUAUGCCAUCAAGCUCGCCAACAAGCGCAACGAGAAGCGGUUGUCGUCGAUCGUCGAGCUGACGUCGAUCAUGGUGGACGACAAGCCGCCCAAGAUCAUCGACACGACGGCGCAAAAGAUGGACCAGCAGAAGGCCAACAGCGAACGGCUCGCCGCCGAAGCUGCGGCCUGGUCUCUAAACAAUAACAACAACAACAACAACGGUACUGCCAACGGCAGUAGUAAUGGCAGCAGCACUGCUGCCACCGCGACGGUAACGACACCGGCGGCGGCGACAGCGACGAGCAACGGAAGUGGAAGCAGUGCGCCCAGCCCGGCCACAGUGACGGCUGCAGUGGCCGUGGCGGCAAACGGAAGCAGCAGCGGCAGUAGUAGCAGUAUCAUCAGUAAUAGUGUUAAUAGUAUUAGUGGUAGUAGUGUCGGUAGUGGUGGUGCAAGCGGCAGUAGCAGUGCCGCCAGUGCGCUAGUCGCCGUCGGCAGCAGCAAUAGUAACGGAAGCAGCAGCAGUAGCCUGAGCGCGCUCAGCUCCGGCACCAGCUCGAGCUCGAGCUCGAGCAGUAGCAGCAGCGGCCUCGGCAGCAGUAUUAGCAGCAACGGAAGCAGCAGUGGAAGCAGUGCGAACCUCUCACUGCCGCCGAACGUCGACCCGGGCACGUCGGACGACAGCGGCCGGGCGUCGGAACGGCUGACGACCUCGUCGGUGGCCCAGCGGGACCCGGACAGCUCCCGGGACCGGCUCAGCGAUGCCAGCAGUCGGUGCAGCUCUGGCAAAGGAUAUAUCUGUGAUAGCGAGGGAGACGAUGAUAAGGGUUCUGAUGGAGGGUCAGUCGUAUUCGCCGCGACACCACAGUCGCAGUCCGCGGCGGCAGCACAGUCGCAGCAGGGUCCAGCGGCGUCAGCGGGGGCGGCCGUCCCGAGUCCGGCGGCGCCCCGCAAGUCCGACUUCCCCCCGACGGGGCUUCCGCUCAGCAACGGGCCGCUGGCCGGACUGGCCGGCAGUGCCAGCCCGGUGGCGGGUCCGCCGGGUGCGAGCGCGGCCGGUCCGGCCCCGCCUGCGCCCUCACCGGCGCCCGCCGCCCUUCCACCGCCCAGCCUGCCACCGCCUUACCCCACGACACCAAUGCAGGUAUCGAACGGUCCCAUUGGUACUCACCUAACGCCAAUUGGGGCCCAUCCGGGCGCGGCGGCUUCCGUGGCGUCACCCCAGUCCCAGCAGCCGGUGGCCUCGCCGCAGCAACCUCAGCCGCCGGCGUCACCCCAGACGGCGGCCGGUCUGGGCGGGAAGCCCUCGCUAUUGCCCACGGCAUCGGCCAAGAUCCCGGUCACGGCGGCACCAACGACGACGGCGCCAACGCCACCUGGUUCCCAGAAGCAGCUGGGUUCGGCGCCCCAGUCACCGAUGCAGCAGGCCGUGCCUUCGCCGGCCGGCCAACAGCCGCACACGCCACAAUCUCAGCCGCCGCCAUCGCCCCAACAGCUGGGACCGCCCGGCAGUCAGCACAACAGCAAUAGCAACAGCAGUAGCAGCAACGCCGCCGCCACCGCCGCCGGUGGUCCCGUGAAGCCUUCGUCGGUUCCGAGUUUUAUCGGAGCCGGUUCCUCGUUUGCGCCGUCGGCGGCUUCGUCGUCGUUUCCAAACGGUUUGCCGCCGGCAAGCCUCUCGAAUACCGGUGGCCAACCGCCGCACUCCAACUCCAGCAGUAACAGUGCGGCACCCUCGUCACUGCCACUGAACGUACCGCACACGCCCCCAGCCGCCACUCCGGCCAGUGGCCAGAGCCCGGCGAUUCACCCGUCGGUGGAGAGUUCCCUUGCGGCGUCCGCCAGCAUGCUCCGGACGCACAGUCCGGCGGUGGCCACGAGUGCGGCCCUGUCAGCCGCGGUCAUGCCCACCGGUCUGCUCAACGGAUCUCAUCACCAUCCAGGAAUCCCGCACACGGCCGCCAUGAUGAUGCCCAACGGCCUCGGCAGUUUACCACCGCACUACCGAACGGGUUAUCCCGGCUAUCCGCCACUGUACGCCCCGUACGGUAGCUUCCAGCACAAUCCAUAUCUGCAGCCAUCCCCGCAACUCUCCCCACGGAUGCACCCCGGUGCCCCGCUCGGUCACGGCGGCCUGCCACCCUCCAUGAUGGGACUCGGCCUAAUGGACUCCCGGUUGCAGCAGUCCAUGGUGCACGGCAACGGCAGCCCAUCGCACAUGGUCCCACGCGACCGGGACGCCUCCCCAAUGGCACAACCGCCGCAAAAAUCCACCGUACGCCCAAUCACCCCCAACACAAACAGCAACGGCAGCAGCUCAAACCCGCCACAACCCUCCUCUCGAGAUCCGGGCCCACCUCCACCUCACCCGGGAGCCGCCCACCAGCUGCAUCAACCUCCUCAACCGCCGCCGCCGCUCUCUCACCAGCAGCAGCAGCAGGGACCACCGGGACCGGGCCCGGCGCCGCAUUUAGUGGGACCUCCGCCCUCCUCGCAUCACCCAACGCUCGGGCCCGGAAGUCACCAUCUGCCACCACAUCAUCCGCCCACCAGCAGCAGCAGUAGUAGUAAUAGCAAUAAUUCCUCCCAUCCUCCUCCACACUCGUCGUCGGCGGCGGCUUCCAGCGCACGGUCAGCGCACUCCCCGCGCGGUCACAGUCCCAAUAGAGAAAGAGAUAGUUAUAGUAGUAACGUAAGUAGUUUAUCGCGAUCGACGCCCGGUUCGGCGCUGCCGUACGGCAGUGGAGGCAGCAGCACCAGCAGCGCCAGCACCGGUGGACCUCCCCCGGGUCCGUCCCCAACGCUUCCUUACGGCAGUAGCCCGGCGGCUGGUCCACCGGCUUUGUCCGGCUCGCCGGCGGUCUCCUCGGCGCCCAUCUCUUCUAGUCUAACCUAUCCUAAGCCAACGCUGAGCACGACCACUAGCGGCAGUGGUUCCACCGGCGUUCCUCCCGGGUGGCCUCCGGCGUUACCGCCCACGUCGCUGCCCUCGUCGGCACCGCCCUCACACUCACCGGCGGCGGCGGCGGCGGCGGCCAGCAAUAGCGCUUCCUCACACUCGCGACCAACUCCUCCCUCACCUUCUGCCUCCUCGGUGCCCGGUGGUCCACCGGUUUCGGUCGGGGCUCCGCCCUCAUCAUUCCCGGCGCCACUGUUUGCCGCGCCGAUGCCACCCCCGGUCGUAUCGACGGCCGGCAGUACACCAACGCAGCCAAGCCCGGCCCCGCUGCCCUUCUCGGCCGAAUCGCUCUUCUCCACGAAAGUGUCCGACCAGGCGGAUAUGCUGCGGCGCGAGCUGGACAACCGGUUUCUGGACCGGAGCGGGCUCAGUUCCGUUCCGACGUCGCCGUACCUGCGGCAAGAGCUGCACCACCACCAGCACCAGCACACGCAUCUGCACCAGCAUCAACACCAGCACCAGCACCAGCCGAUCCUGCCGACGGCUCCGGCGCCCACGUCGGCGCUCUUUCCACCACCCCUCUUCAAGGACGUGCCCAAGAUCGGCGCGGGCGAUUCGCCGUUCUACCGGACGGGGCUCGGAAUGCCCGCCUACCCGGCGUACGGACCCGGCCUACUCCAUCCGGGUCUGAGCGGACCAACCCAGUUCGUGCCGCCGAGCCAUCUGCAGUCGUUCGUGCCGAAGCAGGCGGCGCCACCGGUCGACCCGAACAAGAAGAAAACCGGCAAGUGGAACGCGAUGCACGUGCGGAUAGCGUGGGAAAUCUACCACCACCAGGCCAAGCAGAACCCGGACAAGGCCGCCUCGAUGAAGACGGCGAGCGACAUGCUGCGGCCGCCGUCCCACAUGUACCCGCCCUCGUCCGGCGGUCUGGUGCGGCCCCACGACCUGCCCUCGUCGGCGUACCCGCCGACGGGGAUGCCCGGCCGACCCGGCAACCCGUACGAGUCGGCCCCGCUGCCCCCGAGCUUCAUGGGUUCGGCCGCUAGUCAUUUAGGUGUUUCCCCCUUCGGCCGGUACGCGUCCCCGUACGGCGGAUCGCCGUUCGGCGGGAUGUCGCCCUUCUCGAGGGAAAUGCAGAUGGGAUCUCAGCUUCCGGGCGCGUUACACGACCCGUGGCGAAGAACCCUUUCCAGUGCAAUACCGCGCAGCGUAGGUUCGUACGCGCCGCAGCCACCGCCGGGCGCGGCCGGACCGUGGCCACCCACCAUCAAGCAGGACCCGGCGAUAGCGGCCGAAACCGCCCGACGGGAAGCGGAGGAACGCGAGCGCCAGCGGGAGCGAGAGGAGCGCGAGCGAGAGCGGCAGCGGAGAGAGCGCGAAGAGCGUGACAAGCAGCGGGAACGAGAGAGAGAGGAAAAGCUGAGGAAGGAACAGCAGGAACGGGAACGGGAGAGGGAGCAGCGAGAGCGGGAACGAGAAAGAGAGCGGAAGGAAAAGGAACGCAGGGAAAUGGAACGGAGGGAGAUGGAACGGGAACGGAUGUUGCAGCAGCAGCAGCGUGAGUCGAAGGCUGCGGCUGCGGCGGCCAGUGCGAACUCGAUGGUGGGGCGGGACCGGUCUCCGCUGAGGAACGGUUCCGAUCUGGACAUCCGGAUCAAGGAGGAACGCAAGGAGGGCGAAGAGAUGAUGAUGCGAAAUAUGGGGGCAGCGGCGGCGGCAGCUGCUGCGGCCGGUGACCCUCGGUACCAUCCGGGAAUGAUGCCCCAUCCGUACAUGACCGGUCGACAUCCGGCGCACAUGCUUCCGGGAGCGCAAUUCUCGCGGUCCAUGUUGCCACCCACGAUGGGUCUACCGCCGCACUUUCCACCCUCCGGGCCGUGGGGUCCGGAUCCGUUCCGCGACUACCGGUUAGAGUCCCUCCACCAGCUUCGUUACAACCCCCUCAUGGACGUGUACCGGGCGGAAGAGGCCAAGGCCUCCCUGCUGUACGCGGCCCAAUCCGCGGCGCACUACCGAAGCAAGGAACCGAGUCCGGUGCCGCCACCUCCCCAAUCACACCACCGGAUGCCUCCGGGAGCGCCAGGUGGUCCGGGCGGACCCCCGGGCCCGCCUCCCGGCAAUCUGAAACCUCCCUCGUCGCACCUGGGUGGACCCGGCGGCGGACCCUCGAAUGGACCCGCACCGGGAGGCGGCCCCCCCGGAGGACCCGUCCCGCCGGGAAUGCCCGGCGGACCGAUGCCGGUGUCCGUCGACAUGCACAAAAAGGAAGACUCGUGCCAGUCACGAUGAUAGUCGUCGGCGUCGGCAUCAUUGAUCGUCAUCGAUGACGAUUGAGGGAGCAGACCAACACAAACACAAUCAAAUCAAAAUCGAAUCCGGAUUGAGAGAGUGACGGAGCGGAGAGCGGGGAGAGAGAGCGCGCCUGUGAUUGAACGUGAGCGUAAGAGGGACGAAGGAGAGAGGCGAAGCAAAACAACAAAAGGUGAUAUUUUUAACUUGUAAUUAGCGUUACAAUUAACACACAAUUUGUGGACACACAAACACAAGCAAACAACGGGGUUUUUCGAGAGAAGGACUGCAAAACUGAGAGGGAGAGAGGGAGAUGGGUGCGAGCGGAAACGCACCCAAAAACAAGCGAGAAGUUGAGCGGAGCAGGAAAUUAUUAGUGAGAUAUUUAAUAUAUAUUCAGAGAGAACGAGAGAGAUAGAGAGCAAAACAAAACAAUUGUGCAUUUCCUUUCCAAUUCACUGGAAAGCCAAACCCCCGAAUCGAGUUACGGAGAGAGAGAGAGAGAGUUCCGCGUUUUCGUCGUCGUCUCGUCGUAGUAGUGGUUUUUUCUCUAGUUGUUAAGCACCAAAACUAUUGCAAGAAAGAGAGAGAGAGAGCAGAAGGGAAAUUAACAACAGCAGCAACCGCAACAACAAAAAGCAACUAAUUCAUAUGUACUAUAUAUACUAUAUAUAUUGUAAAUGUUAAGUAGUGAUAUUUGUAAAAACAACAACAACAAAAAAGCAAAUCUAAUUUAUAUAUUUGAAUGCGCGAAUGUUUGCGAGCGCGACCGCGCGACGUCACACAAGAGAUCGAUCGAUUGUAAAUAGUAGUUUUUAACUUCCGGUCCGGCGACGUUAGUUUUGUUCAAACCCUGGUUUUCGUGACGCUUUGGUGAGGGGCACAAAUCGAUACCACCACCACCUCCGGGAACAAGAUUUUAUAAUUUUAAAACCAAAUUCAGUAUCAAACUCGUGGUUUUUCCUUGGUUUGACGGGCGGCAGUCCGUUGUGUUGUGUUUUGUUUACGUUUUCACUGAUGACAUUGCGAUGACGGCGAUUUGGUGACUUUCAAUUCUAUUCUUUUGCCUAGCGUCACUUCAACAGUAAUGAUUUCUUGGAGGAAGCUUCUCCAACCGCGUCGACCUUGUUCCGCUACUCGUGUCGUAACCUCACUUUUCUUUGGUUUGAUGUCUACGCAUUCAAGAUUUUACCCGGAUCUCUUCCCAUAAAAGAUCUGUCAAAAUGUUUGAAAGCGUUUGAAGCUGAAGAAAGCGACGCAAACACUGAAAUUUCGACGUGUUCUGACUCGAUUCGCACCAAGUCUCACUUCCGUAGAGCAACACCGAUUUGACGUUCGAGUUGAAGAUCCGUAGUUUUGUGUGCAAGCAAAAGCGAUUGGUUUCUCAAUAUUUUCCAUUUCCUAACAAAAUUCUGUACUUCACUUGACACAACAAGAUCAAAACACGUUUUGAUCGCAGGAAGCUCCGCUGCAAUGUGAGAGCUGUCAGUUGUGAAAGACUGACAGCAUUCCGUCUUCACACGCUCACGCGGAACAACUUAGCUUGACUUGACAGGAGAUGGAUCUACUCAAUUUUGAGUAGUUUUGCAAACGCAAUCUGCAAGUGUUGCCAAAUUUAACGCAAUCGUGAUUGUUCAGUGAAAAUUACUGUUCAAUUUUCCGUUUCUCAUUUCUUAAUGAAAUUAUCACAACAAACCAGGUCCUGCGGAAGCAACCGCAAACACAAACCAAAAAUAAAACAAAAGCGUUUCAAUUAUCAUCACACUCAAACCAGCCCAAACAAACAUAAACAUUACAGAAUGAAAACAAAAUCUAAUAGCUGUGUUUUUACCAGUAGUAGUGGGUUUCCAUUUUUAACCGUACCGCUGCAAACAAACUAACCGAGGGGCGCUUUCAAGUUUUACUAUCGAAUAAAAAGCAAGAAAAAAAAGUGCGACAGGACGCGUCCUGCUGCCGCUUCGGAGAUCCCGUGACGUCAGUCACGAACACACCCCUCGAGUCGACUUUGGGGUGCCUCCGGAGCUGGUGGCAAAACGUUAUUCGCUCUCUCUGUUUUUAGAGUCGUUUUUGUACGCGCGGAGAUCAAAACAAUAACACACUUACAGACAGACACAGACACACGUCAUGUUUUUUCAUCGAAAUUUUAAAUUUUAUUGAAAUUGGCUCGAAAAAAGUAUUAGUAUUUCGUGCGUUUAAAACGCAAACUAGAAAAAAGAAACUAUUUUACGUUAUCUAUUUUGGGCGUGCUAAGAAUCUCAACUUUACUUAAUUUCGUUACUAUUUUUUAUUAUUUUAAAGAUUUUAGACCCUUUUCAAUCACCUUCCCACAAAGCGAAACUCACAACACAACAUUACGAGAAACCAAGCAUACACACAAACACAAUUGAGUAGAUCAGAAAGGCAUAAAAAGAAGAAAAAAAAACAAACUGUUUAUAUGUAAAAAUUUUCCUUAGCGUGUAAGGCGUCGUAGCAAAGAAUAUAAAACAAAAGCACUCACAAACAAAACAAACAAAAAAUGAGAGAAACAAAACUAAAGAAAACUGAACUCUAAACACGACAAGACGAGAUAAAAAAAAAACCUAAUAAUUUAUCUGCGAAGUUGAAAAUUAGAAAUCGUGGAAUAACAAAGAAUGAAUGUGGAAAAGUAAUUUUCUGAAAACACACACACACCCAUAGGUCUAAAAAUUCGUUAGUGUGGUAGUGAGCAUGAGCGUGCGAGCGAGAAUUUGUAAGUAUUGGUGCGAGCGAGAGCGAAACUAACCCAUGCAUAAAAAAAACGGUGAUUAGUAAUCAUGUAAAAUCACACACUCUGACACUCACCCACACACAUAGAUAUGAGCUAGAAGCAGUCAGACUAUGAAUCGAUGUGAGAGAUAAUUAUUAUUGAUAAUGUAAAUUAAAGAAAAAAAUAAUUAAAAACCUAAAAUUCGGCGGAGCACAGACAGACAAAAAAAAAAGGAUGAAUGUGCAAAAGGUAAGAGGAAAAUAAAACCGGAUUGUGUAGCAAUUAGAAGAAAUUUAACAAACACACACACGCUAAAUCAAUGAUGACGCGCAAAGAAAUUUCAAGCGUCUCAAAAGAAUGCAUAAAAACAGUGGUAAAUAUACAAUUACAUUUGUGCAAGAAAAUAAGACAACAUUGAAAGAGAGAGCGCGCGAGUGUGAGAGAGAGAAACGAAGCGGGACGAAAGUGAAAUCGUAAGCAAAUUAAACAAAAAAGAAGGGAAACAAUAAACGAAACAAAUUCUUUCUCUAACUGUAAUUAUAACAAAUUGUGUACAACGCGUCGUUUUUGUGUUCUACAUUGCUAGAGCAUUUGGUUAGGUCAUAGUUUAAUUUAAUUGUCCCAUUUUUUAUUUAUUUGAUAGUCAUUUUUUAAAAAAUAAAAAGAAAAAAUGCAAAUCAAUCAAUUUAUUAAUUUUGUCGUCUAUCAAUUAUUUUAUUAUUUUUACGAAUAAAAACAUGCAUACUUAAAAAAAAUACCAAGUUACUUGCGUUUUUAUAUUUUUUUUUCAGUUUCACCCUCCCUUUUCUUCCCUGUCACUCUAAAUCUAUUCGUUGGUUAUUAUUGUUCCUCCCCAUUGGUUACUUGUUAUACUGGCCUUCUACUUUGUUACCGAAACGUUCCGAACUUGGUGUCUGGGUGUAGGCUGUGCGCAACAAGGGAUAUCAACAGAUGACGUCACGCACUCGCACCCACACCAGCAAAUUGUAAAGGUGAAACUCUCACGAGACGAUACAAAUAAUGAGAAAGAGAGAGAAACAAAACAUUAACACAGCAGAGAGAAAAGAAGAGAAAAAAAAACAGAGUCAACACACAAAAAAAAGAAUAAGAUUAAAACUUUGUAAUUGUAAGGAGCAACAGUGGAGAUUAAGAAAAGGAAGGUAAAGGACAACACGGAAAACACAAAAUCAUUAUGAUUAAAAAGUAAAAUAGUAAGAAAAAA